CAAAACCCACCAGAUUUCUAGAUUCUACACAAUUUUGAUUACUUCGAUCGUUAACGAGAGGGAAGAAAAAAGGGAAAGAAUCAGUGCAUCUCAUAAGAAAAUGGGAGCUUCUAGCCUCGCUUGUUUUUCAUCGCUAUUUGCAGUUUUUCCAUCUCAUAAUAAUGCGCACAACAAAUCCUUACCAUUUUGUUCAAAUCCCUCAAAACCCCUCUUCCGAUUGAACAAGAUCCGCUGCGGACUGCCUGAGAGUGGAAUUCGGCAAAACCCCUCAAGUUCCAGAGCUUCCUCUUCCAAGAACAGGAUGGAGGAGUACAAUUUGGCUAUGAAGAAGAUGAUGAGGAAUCCAUAUGAGUAUCACCAUGAACUCGGUAUGAACUAUACUGUGAUAGCUGACAAUUUGAUCGUCGGUUCCCAGCCUCAGAAACCGGAAGAUAUCGAUUUCCUGAAGGAGGAAGAAGGUGUUGCCUAUAUUCUAAAUUUACAGCAGGAUAAGGAUGUCGAGUACUGGGGAAUCGACUUACAGUCGGUUAUAGAAAGAUGUAAAGAACUUGGAAUUCAUCAUAUGAGGCAACCGGCAAAGGAUUUCGAUCCAGACUCCCUGAGAAAUGGAUUGCCCAAAGCUGUUUCCUUGUUAGAAUGGGCGAUUUCGGAGGGUAAAGGAAAAGCUUACGUGCAUUGCACCGCUGGAUUAGGCAGGGCCCCUGCCGUUGCAAUAGCAUACCUGUACUGGUUUUGUGGAAUGAAUUUGAAUACAGCAUAUGAAGCACUGACUUCAAAAAGACCUUGUGGACCAAGUAAAAAAGCCAUCCGUGGAGCCACAUACGAUCUAUCGAAAAAUGAUCCAGGGAAGGAGCCAUUCGAGAGCCUUCCAGAUAACGCAUUCGAGGAUAUCGCAGAUUGGGAGAGGAACUUGAUUCAGGAUCGGGUCCGUUCCCUCCGACGAACUUGAGUGCGUGCAAUACGUGCAGGUUCAACGUCAUUCGGUUUUUACCAGGAUGAUGAUAUAGAAUGACGCCUAUGGCAGUUUUGCUUGAUGUUAUUGUCAUAGGCUAUUGAAAAUAAUAAGAGUUGGGGCAAUAUAUAUAGCAAUAGAGGUGUCCCAACAAUUGGUCUAUUUGAAGGGAGGCCUAUAUGUAUACAACACUAUAUUUAAUUAUUUCCACGUCUUUUCUUUCA